GAGUCCUGUCAUUCAUAGAGACGUCUGAGGAAGUUUAUCUGGUUACUCUGUGAAGCGUACGGACUCCGUCUCUAAGCAACCGUCUCCUCUGAGGAGUGUGUGAGCGCCGUUACGCCGCACUUUAAUUGGCCUCUCGAGUCCUUCCGCUUCUCUUCUCUUUCUCGUGCAUUCUCCAGAUUUCUUUUCUUGUGUAAAAGGUUACGUCAGUCCCCCGAACAACCACAAACCACAUUGUCACAGCUGAAGAGUCUGUAUACGCAGAAGUCUCUAACCCUCAGUUUGGAUUUACUUUGUACAAAUUUGUCCCUGAAUCUGACAAAACCUCCUUAGGAACAUUUGAGGAUGAUCCCGAGUGAAUGAGAUAAGUGUGUGUGAUUCUACAGGUACACCUGUGUGUGUGUGUGUGUGUGUGUGUGUGUGUGUGUGUGUGUGUGUGUGUGUGUGUGUGUGUGUGUGUGUGUGUGUGAGGCGCUGUGGGCUGUGCUGUAGUUGUUGGUUCUCCAGAACUGUUGCUAAGGAGGUGGAGUCAGCGGACAUGACUAUAAACUCACGUAAGCGAGGAGCAUCAGACUCUGGCGUGACACACACACACACACACACACACACACACGAGUGGCUCCGAGGAAGAUGCUUCGAGAGGGUUUUGGGGGGUGUUUUUAGACGCUCAGUAUGCCAGAGUACUUCCUGCUGGUGCUGUACCUCUCCAUGUUCCUGUGUCUGUGCGCUCUGGUGUGUCUGUAUUUCUCCGGCUGUCAGGAGAUGACCUACAAACACGAUGAGGCAUGUUGUGGAGACAUAUUUUGGAUUUGAUGAAGAAUCUGUGGAUUCUGAAACGUCGUCUCUGACGUCAUAUAACACGGAUCACACGCCCGCCACCCCCGAAGAGGACCUCGAAGACGGCUUCUCCCGGGAGGAGGCGGAGCUGCGGUUCCGUCAGCUGACGCGCGAGUACCAGGCGCUGCAGCGAGCGUACGCCCUUCUGCAGGAGACGGCGGGACCGCUGGACCCCGAGAGGCACUGCAGGACGCGGGAGCAGCUGCAGACGGAGCUGAUUGGCUGUCAGGCACGGAUUGCUGACCUGGAGCGGAGCCUGGCAGAGAAGGGGCAGGACUCGAGGUGGGCGGAGGAGAAGCAGAACCUCAUCAGGGUGAAUCAGGAGCUCAGAGAGAAGAUAGCAUCGCUGGAGCAGCGUGAAACGCGCUUACGCUCCGAGGUUCGGGACACCCUGGAUCAGAACGAGCUUCUGGAGUUCCGUAUCCUGGAGCUGGAAGAGCGGGAACGACGUUCUCCUGCCUUCAACCUGCAGAUCUCUGCCUCUGAAAACAACAGCAGCCUUCAGCUACACUGCCAACAAGAGGGAGUCAAGGAUGUCAUCAUUCCUGACCUCAUGAAAAAGCUCGACAUUCUUGGAGAUAACGGGAACCUGCGGAACGAGGAGCAGGUGACCGUGAUUCAGGCGGGAACUGUGCUGUCUUUAUGUGAGAAGUGGCUGAAGCAGAUCGACAGCACCGAAGCCGCGCUGACGCAGAAGAUGAUGGAUCUGGAGAACGAGAAGGAGCUGUUCAGUAAACAGAAAGGGUUCCUGGAGGAGGAGCUGGACUACAGGAAACAAGCUCUGGAUCACGCUCAGCUGAGGGUGCAGGAGCUGGAGGCCACAUUAUUCUCCGCUCUACAGCAGGAUCCCGACAGCUGUGUGGGAGAGAGUUUGAGUGACAGGCAGCGAGCGCAGCUGGCCGAGUCCAUGGAAGCGGUGCGGAGACAGAUCCUGCGGCAGAGUCGCCACGCCGACACACUCGUCCUGCAGCAGCGCAUGGAGCUCCUGCAGUCCGCGCAGCAGCGCAUCAGAGAGCUUGAAGAUAAGAUUGACACGCAGAGAAGACAAAUCAAAGAGAUUGAAGAGAAGGUGUGUAUGGAUGUGUUUGUUCUGCUGUUCAGAUGUUGUGGGAAAGUUGGAUUGAGCUGAAAUUAAUUCUUAAUAUGUAAAUGAAUCCUGAGCUGUAAGACUGACUCUUCUUCUCUCCUCUCUCUUGUUUGAAAUUUGUGUUCAUUAUAAUUUAUAGUUUUUGUUCCUUUUCUUGUUUUUCUCCCUAGCGUUUAUUCUCUGGCCUUAACAA